AUGCUAUUCACUUCCUCUUCGCUAGUCAACAAUAUCAGCGAUUGUCUUUCGCGCCUUGAGGGCUUGAAAGAGAAGAUUGAUCCUGUAAAGGGGAAGCAAAUGAUGAGAAGGCUCGGUAUUCGAGCUUUGAAAUGGCCCCUCAAACGCACGGAGGUGGACAAAUCUAUCCAGGAUUUCGAGAAAUACAAAUCAUCUUUCAUUUUAUCUCUGCUGGUUGAACAGAACCGCACUGGAUGGAAUCUAAGCCUCGACAAGCUGCCGAUGGUGCGUGGUGCCAAGUUGAACCCAUAUAUGGAUCAACAUGAGGAUGAAUGUCUCCCGGGCAUAAGAACCGAGCUUCUGCGUCAGAUCGCAGAAUAG